UUUAUGCUCAAGAAAGUAUAAAUGUAUAGUAAAAAAUGAAAAUAGACAGUAGAGGAGCCCAUUCUGUAAACAUGACGCGCGCUGUGGUGAUUUCCGUGCUUUUGUUCUGUUCUUUAGCUGAUUCAGCCAGAAUUAAAAGACGGGUAGCAUCACGUGCGUAUGAUAAUCGUGGGGGAGAAGGACCAGGCCUUUGGUCGCGAGAACCGAAUGCAAAUCCAACAGGGCCCAAUUCCUACGAUAAUCGUGGAGGAGAGGGUCCAGGCCUGUGGUCUCGACGACCAAAUGCAAAUCCAACUGGACCAAAUGCAAAUCCAACUGGACCAAAUUCUUACGAUAAUCGUGGAGGCGAAGGACCAGGUCUUUGGUCGCGAGAACCGAAUGCAAAUCCAACAGGGCCCAAUUCCUACGACAAUCGUGGAGGCGAAGGACCAGGCCUGUGGUCUCGACGACCUAAUGCAAAUCCAACUGGACCAAACGCAAAUCCAACUGGACCAAAUGCAAAUCCAACUGGACCAAAUUCUUACGAUAAUCGUGGAGGCGAAGGACCAGGUCUUUGGUCGCGAAAACCGAAUGCAAAUCCAACAGGGCCCAAUUCCUACGACAAUCGUGGAGGCGAAGGACCAGGCCUGUGGUCUCGACGACCUAAUGCAAAUCCAACUGGACCAAACGCAAAUCCAACUGGACCAAAUGCAAAUCCAACUGGACCAAAUUCAUACGAUAAUCGUGGAGGUGAAGGACCAGGUCUUUGGUCGCGAGAACCGAAUGCAAAUCCAACAGGGCCCAAUUCCUAUGACAAUCGUGGAGGGGAAGGACCAGGCCUGUGGUCGCGAGAACCGAAUGCAAAUCAAACUGGACCAAAUUCAUACGAUAAUCGUGGAGGCGAAGGACCAGGUCUUUGGUCGCGAGAACCGAAUGCAAACCCAACUGGGCCUAAUUCCUACGACAAUCGUGGAGGGGAAGGGCCAGGACUUUGGUCCCGCGAACCAAACGCAAAUCCAACAGGACCAAAUUCUUACGAUAAUCGUGGGGGUGAAGGACCAGGCCUUUGGUCUCGAGAACCAAAUGCAAAUCCAACAGGGCCUAAUUCCUAUGAUAAUCGUGGAGGUGAAGGACCAGGACUUUGGUCGCGAGAACCAAAUGCAAAUCCAACAGGACCAAAUUCAUACGAUAAUCGUGGGGGUGAAGAACCGGGACUUUAUUCACCAGAACGUUAUGCAAAUCCUUCUAGUUAUUCAGGACAAACUUGUGCCUCUAUGGACGGUUCCUGCGUGGCGACUGAGGGCGAGUGUGCCAAUGACGUAGUCCCGGGCCUAGGCUGUAAUGAAUCUCCACUAUGCUGUCUCCCGGCAGUCUUGCCUGAGCACAUUGGAGGCUUGGAGGGAUUAAAGGGCCCCAUCCCAGGCACUAUGAUUGUCGGGGGGACAGAGGCGGCUCGCAACCGAUGGCCGUGGCAGGUGUCUCUCCAGACCAGCCAAGGGUUCCACUUCUGUGGGGGUAGUCUACUCAAUGACCAGUGGGUGCUGACCGCGGCACAUUGUCUGGCAAGUAGAUCUAUUGGUCGUGUUGUGUUGGGUGACCAUGACCUCACCACUCAUCAGGGGACAGAAGUCAUCCGCGGGGUGUCCCAUGUUGUUGAGCACCCAAGUUUCCAAAACUAUGGCUCAUAUCCGAACGACAUUGCUCUGGUCAAACUGGACACUCCGGUCUCCUUCUCUGCCGCUGUACAGCCCAUCUACCUGUCUAACGAGGGGGACUCCUUCAAUACCAACGAGUGCUGGAUUACAGGAUGGGGCGAAACUAGAAACACAGGUGAUCCGACCAAACUGAAUGAAUUGGUGAUCAAAGUGAUUGACCAACAAAGCUGUGCACGACAGUGGCAGCCCACGGCCAUCCUGAAUACUCACAUAUGUGUAGGGGACGGGGAAACGGGUGCCUGUAGUGGCGAUUCUGGAGGACCACUGUCUUGUAUGAAAAAUGGGAAAUGGACGCUGGCCGGUGUGACGUCAUUUGGGGUUGCCGGAUGCGAGACAGGCGGUUCCCCGGAUGUUUAUACACGCGUGUCCAUGUACAGACCCUGGAUCGAAUACGUUAUAAGAAGAGGGGGACGAGAAUAAAUUCUUUUUUCAACAUCCUGCAAAGUCACAUUUAAAUACGAAAAAAAAGACUUUUUAUUUAACAAAUAUAUUUUUUUCCUAUUUUCAAGAAAUAAAAAACAAUUUCCGUACCAUUUUCAUAUUUCAUUUUGUAACCUGAUUGCAACAUUUAAACAUAAAUUCUUUCCUUUUUUG